AUGUCAACCGCCCAGACCAGAGCCCUCACGACCGUUGAAGUCCUCGAAAAUAUUCUUCUUCAUGUGGAUAAUCAGUCCCUCCUGACAUCUGCUCAGCGCGUCUGUCAUGCAUGGCACGACCUCAUCUCCACGCCUUCCCUGCAAAAGCACCUCUUCUUGAUCCCAGACUGGGAGCGACCGCAACCACAGCGCAACCCGCUCUUGGUUCAGAUUUUCCCGGGCUGGUUCAUCAUUCAUAAUAUUGAUGGUGAGUACCGGGAGAAGAUCGGGCGCGACGGCCUCAACCCCCGCUGGGAUUUGACGCAACCCGACCAGAAGGCGUCCUUCAUCCGGAAAGAAGCCAGCUGGCGGCGCAUGCUCGUGCAGCAGCCCCCAAUCCGGGGGUUGAUUUCUUUCACGAGAAGGCAUUCUCGAGGUGGGUAUUCGAUUAAGGGCCUGCCUUAUAUCGAGCAUGAUGAUGAGGACGAGGACGAGCACGAGGAUGAUGAUCUUGAUAACGAUAAUUAUGGCGAUGAAGAUCUUUCCCCCUUCACAGUUGGACCACCGACGGAGCCUCUCCGAAUGGGGAAGCUGGUGGAGGAGGUCCCCCGCACCUCUUUCCAUGCCGAUGUUCUGUGGGAUUCCAAGGACUAUCGGCUUCGCCGUGAUAUGUUUCAUCGCAUCAGGAAGCGAGAUAUUCGGAUGCUGCGCAGUGCGCUCAGGAGGAGUGGAAUGAUCGUGCUCUUGACUGAGACCGUGCAAUGUGUUAUGGGAAAGCCGCCUCCGCAGAUAGCAUGGAGGGAAAGCCAGAGGCGCUGGUGGGCGGGGGAUGAGGAGCCUACGAGACGCGAUGGGGCCAUCUAG